CGCGUUCACCAGCUCACCCACGACCCACAGACACCCUGUGCAUACAGUCUAGCUGCCAACAGCAGCACCAACAACAUCUUAUUUGUGUGUCGUCGCGCACCAUUAUUACGCAACGACAACAAUACAACGCACCACAAUGCGUUAAUUGUUUUUAUUAUUAUUACUAUUAUUCAAACUCUUGUCUAUAAUAUCUAUUAUAUUAUUUAUUAUUCAAAAACAAAAAAAACAAAUUGUUGUUAUAUUUAUAUACAUAUAUAUAUAUAUAUUAUAUGAAUAUAUAAAUUAUAUAUCUUUUUUAAAAUCCAAAAAAGUAAUCAUGUGUACACAUUGAUGAUAUAAAUGUUAUGUAUCGGAAGUUUCUCUAUUAUUCUGUGUGCUUUAAAUAAACAAUAAACUACUAAAACAACUUGGAAAAAUUAUCAAUGGAAAGUGAUUAUUCUCAAGGUUACUGUAAAUGAAACUCGGGAAUUCGGGCACCUUUGCUCGAAUGACGCAUACGAGUAAACAAUCAAGUGGCGCGAUUCUCUGUGUGCAAACUGACGUCACGUGCAAGGAACCCCGGUUUACGUAUAUGUUUGGAAUUCAAUAAUACUAUCAAGAGAUCUCGGUCUUCCGUUGAGAAAAAAGACUUGGAACAUUUAUCAUCAUUACCUAUUGUGACAAUUACUGAAGCAUCUUUUGACUGGAAAUUUUCAUAAUCUUGCAGCAGCAGUCUUUUAUUUAUCUAUUCAACAUCCAGAGUUGUCUCUUUGAUGAUACAGUGAUGACGAUGAUAUUUUAUUGCAGAAUGAUAUGCCAGAUAGUGAGCUAUAAAAAGGUAAAAGUCGACAAGUGAAAUAUCACAGGUGUAACUAUAAUCAUCGUAUCGUUAGAGCUGGUAAAGUACAAUACAACAUUGCAGUGUGUAUUGUAUUGGUGCAGUGUAGAAAAGUGCUGAGCGAUUAGGCGCCAGUGACGUAGUCAAGAGUAGUCUAGAGACAGUAUAGAGACUAGACUCGCUAGACUCACUCAACACUUUGAGGGGUUAUAUGAAAUGUUGAAAAGCUGUAGGCAGUAGCAGUCUCUAAACCAAACUCUAGUGAAUCAAUGUGUAAAUGUGCUAAUCUGUGAAUGAUACUCUAAAGCAUUCAUGUUUGUAAUUAUUAUUAUCAAUUAUAUUACUAUUAAACAGGUGUAAGUGUCAAAUAAAACAUCAAUUAGUACUUUAAAUCUACCGUAUGGAUUUUUUAUAAUCAAAAAUCAAUUAAUUUUUCAUAAAAUAAGUUAUAAGUGCACAUGAAGUAAAAAAAAACGUUGACAUUAUCAAGUAUAUCUUAACAUUUAUUACGUUAGUAGGCAAUGACUAAUUGUGUGUCAAGUGUCUUGCAGUUGAAAAAGAUACUGUGUGGACAAUUAACUAUUUUCAGUUCAGUAUCAUUUAAUAAUAUAUGGAUGCUAUUCCCGAAAAUAAUCUAUCAAUAUAUAUAUUUAUAUAUUCCUGAUAUUUAUAAUAAUAUUAUAAUGUCAACUGAUAAAUAAUAUUGCAAUUAUUUAUUUUAAUAAUAACAGUUGUUGUGACAAUGUUUAUGCGUUUUUAAUGGACUAUGUCAGUAUUAGUUCAACGAAAUUUACAUCGUAAUAAUCAGAUUGACACGUUAGAUAUUCAAAUGGUGGCAAUGACAAACUCUCAGUUCAUUAACAAUAAUAACAACAGCAUAAACAGCAGUAGCAGUGGCAGUAGCACCAAUAGUAACAAUUGUGUUAAUAAUUUGAGUACAAAUAAGAUUAAUAAUAAUAAUAAUGAUGGAGAACCAAAAUAUUUACACAAGAAAUUUAAGAAAAUGGCAACUGCCGAGAUGGUAUCUCCGGCAGAAAUUAAAAAUGAAAACACUAUUCCAAUUGCCACACCACCAGUAUCCUCAGAGGUGCCUACUAAGAAACGUGACAUCACUGAUUUUCCUAAAAAUAUUAAAGAGUCUUCCAAAAGUAAAGAAACAACUACGGAAUUGGAGGGUGAACACACUGAGACUAAAAAAACUGGAUACGUUUGCCCUUAUUGCAAACUAUCAUGUGCCAAACCCAGUGUGCUCCAAAAACAUAUUAGGGCCCACACUAAUGAAAGACCUUAUCCAUGUGUAUUGUGUGGAUUUGCUUUCAAAACUAAAUCUAAUUUAUAUAAACAUUGCCGGUCUCGUGCUCACGUGCUGAAAAUGGAAGGUGGUGAUACUAGCAAGGUAUCUGAGGAUUCAGACAUAAGUUUAUCAGAUAGUGCUAGUAACGGAACUGGAACUCCACCACCUACAUCAACAGUUACUUCUGCUAAUGCUGUGUCUACUGUGGCUAAAAUUAUUAAAACUGGGAAAAUUUAUAAACCAAAGUUUCAUACAGCUCUUCAGUGUGUUAAUAAUGAUACAGAUAUAUCACUUGGCCCACCUACUAGUAUACCAACAAAUAAUUCAACAUCUUUAACAUCAACAUCAUCGUUGUCAGUACCAACAUCGUCAUCAUCCACAACUGCAUCAACAAUAUCUAAAAGUAAUGUAGAACAAUUACAAGAGCAUAUUGACAAAAUAAUUACUGACAACCAGGCGAUAGUAGAAGCAGUAGAUCCAAGACUGCAUAAACUUGUAAGUCAAAGACAGCAAAGUCUUGUGGAGCAACAUAAACCAUGUGAACAGCCACUCAAUUUGUCUUCCAGUGAACUAAUAGAUGUUUCUUCCAAGAAACGAUGUUAUAGUGAAAGUUUUGUUAUAGAUGAUAAAGAAGGUGACAGUAAAAAACAAAAUUUCCAAGGUUCUAUUAUCAAAGAUUUAUUAUUAAAAAAUCGUGGAUCAACUGAACCCGUAAAUGAAAGUUUUUUCUGUAGUUUUUGCAAAAUUUUUUAUGCAAGUGCUGAUAAUUUAGAAACUCAUCGUAAAUAUUAUUGCAAACAAUCAUCUAGUCCGAAACACGAAUUGCAAUUAACUUUAGAGAAAAAAGAUGAUUUUGAUAAUAGUAAAUCUGAAUACUAUAGUACAAUCCAACCUCUGCCCUCACCAGGACCUCUACUAGGUAAUACUCGAUUGGUUGAUGCAUCUUAUACACCGUCUAAAAAACAUAAACCAGAUCUUACAAUACCAACAAGUCUUAGAUCUCUUGAAGAAUUAUCCAAAUAUCCUAGACCAAAUUCCUUACAGAUGUUUGGAGGCGAAGUUAGAAUAUUAGAUAAUACAGGGGAAACUAAAACGAUGAGAAUAGAACCCAGACAGACUAAUUCACCAAUAUCAAGUGAUGAUUUAACUAUUAAUCAAAAAGGUGCAUCAUCAGAAACGUCAUCAAUUGUCGUAAGAUCCGGUCUUCAUUCAGGAGGUACGAUGGUUCAUAAGCCACCAGGAACACCAGUAACUACUUCGAAUUCUUCCAUAUCUCUUCCUAAUACACCGAAAAUGUUAGCGCCUAUUAUACCAAACAUAUCAACUCCUAACUUAGCACCAACAAUGUCAUCAUGUUACAAUUAUUUUGAAUCACAUAUGGUUAAUCCCUCAACGAAUAUUACUGCCUACAGUUCACUACAAACUGUACCUCAAUCUCCAGCGUCUACUGCUGGUAUAACUACUAUUAUUCAUGGUGGCAAAGUGAUACCUUAUGUUCCUGGAAUACCUGGACCACAUUCGCUUACAACUGCAGUACCAGUGGUGGACCAUGUCAUACAACCGUCUUCUCCUUCCGUCCAACAGUCUACUGCUGAUCUUGCUGCUAAUAAAAUUACUCCAACAACAUUUCACGUUGCCACCUUAUCUACUCAGCAGCCAUUAGAUCUCGCCAGUUCGAUAAAAUUUCAACCUCAUUCUCUUCCAAAAUCUAUGCCGAAUUUACAAAUAAAUCAUAUUAACAACAAUAAUAAUAAUUUAAAUCCACCGGUCCAACCGUUAGAUUUGGUGAAUUCAACACCGCCUACGGAUCCAAAAUCUUUAAAAGGAUUUAAGCAUAACUCUAAUGGUUUUAUUAAUCUCAAAGUACCACCCAAACUCGAAGAAAAAUUAAAAAAUCGAGGUUUAUCAUCUAAUUCCACUCCAACUACGGAGUUUAUUAAAAAUGAUAUGUUCAAUAAUGACAAUCAGCAUCAUCAAUAUGUUAAAUCUGGUCAAGUAUUUAAAUAUCAAUCAACGGAUUCACGUAAGGAGAUCAACGAUAAAAUAUUGAAAGCAGAAAAAUCAAUGAAUUAUUUAAAUGGAGAAAAUAGUAGUAUAUCAUCUAAAUUCAUAACAGAAAAUCGUAAACGAUCAGGUAACUGGAGUGAUCCAGAUUAUUUUAGCCAACCAUCAUCUAUUGAUAGUUUAACCACAACAAGUUGCAAUUCCGCAACAAAAGUAGAGUCAUCAUUACUAACUCAAGAAAAUGGUAAAGUAAUUCGUGUACUUUCAGAUGAUUUUAAAAAUCCACAAUCUUAUGGUAAUGUUAAUGGAAAUUCACGAACAAUCUAUUCAGAAAAUGUUACUCCGGUAGUUAUUAUAAAUUUAGAUUCAUCCAAAGUAUCGUCUAUUGAUCCUGAAUUAUCUAAAUCAGAUUCAUCAGAUAAUGUAAUAGUGUAUGAUGAUAAAUUUAACUCAAAAAAAAUAAAAAUGGAUAAAUUAGAUGCGGAUAAAAAAUAUAUGAUGGAUGAAAAAGAAGAAGAAAAAGAAAAUGGAACUGAAGAAGAGAAAGUGAAUAGAGUUGAUAAUAAAAAUGAUCAUCAAGUUUCUGUUAAAUUCCUGAGGCCAACAUCAUUGCCAUUAAAGCCAGGUACAUUUACUCCAAAAAAACAUCAUGGAAUUACUCCUACAGCCAAUACUCUCCCUCUUAUAAGUCCUGAGACACCAAGGCCAAGAAAAUCAUACGGUCAACUUUAUCUCAACGGACAUGCUUAUACUUAUCUUGGCCUAAAAUGUUCAACAAGAGUAUUUUAUUGCACUCUCAAUAGACCACAACCAAUGUAUGUAAUUCAACAACAUGGUUUAUCAAUGUAUUCUAAUUGGAAAAUUUGCAAGGAAGCACCACCAGAUUUAGAUAUGGCACAUUAUGACUCACGGAAUCGUUCGUUUGAUUAUACAGUUGCUUGGAAGAAACAAGACGUCAUUCUUACCCACUCCUCACAAAGACCAACUACGUUAGUAACUAAUAAUUCCACCGAUAAUUGUUUUGAAGAAAAUGACGCAACCACCGCAUUAAUACCAACGACAACAACCGCAUUACAAAGUAAAAAUAAACGUAUCAAAAUUUUCGAUGGCGGAUUUAAAAGUAAUGAAGAUUAUACUUAUGUACGAGGAAGAGGAAGAGGAAGAUAUGUUUGUGAGGAAUGUGGGAUACGAUGUAAGAAGCCUUCGAUGUUAAAGAAACAUAUCAGAACACAUACAGAUGUUCGGCCGUAUACCUGUAAACAUUGUACUUUUAGUUUUAAAACAAAAGGUAAUUUAACAAAACAUAUGAAAUCGAAGGCACAUUACAAAAAGUGUGUUGAAUUGGGAAUAAAUCCUGUACCGACUGUUGUUUGUGAUGACAAUAUCGAUAAAGAAGCCAUUGCUAAAUUAGUUGCCGCUGGUGGUGAUAAUGUGGCGGACGAGUCUUCGGAAGAAGAAGAGGAAACAGAUGUUGAUGAAAGUGAUGAAUCAGGAAAUGAAGAGCAAGAAGCAGCUCAAAGUUUACUUAGUCUUUCGCAACCAAAUAGUUAUCAGAUCAGACUUCCUGGUCUCACGCCUGUUGGACGACCAUCAACCUAUCCUUACACUUUAACGGAUUUUCAAAUUAAUAAAUCAUCAAACAGCAACGUAAUAACUACAACCACCAACACCAUGUCUACUAAUAGUUCUCUCAGUGUUGUAACAUCAACAACACUCAUUCAAAGUGAAGCUGUUACUAAUCGUUAUUAUUUUCCGUCGAGUAAAUCGCUGGACGAUUGUCGAGAUAGUGUAAUCAGAUCAACUAAGUUGGACAAUGAUAUUGAAAUUGAUACUAAAAAUACUUCUAUUUCUCGAUAUCAAUCACUAUCAUCAUCAUCGUUAUCUUCAUCAUCAUCAUUAUCAUCCUCAUCAUCAUCAUCUUCGUCAUCAUCUCCACUAUUAUCAUCAUUUUCACAACCAAUGGAUUUAACAACAAAAACCUCUCAAUUACCUGUUCAACUGUCUUCCACUUCGUCUUCUCCUUCAUCAUCGCCUUCUCUAGCUUACAUUAAGCGACCAAUUCUAUCAGACAUUCUCACGCCGGUCUCAGAGCCAAUACUCAUGCAAACAAUUGUACAGACAAUGGAGAGACUACCGUUACAAGGCAAAGAAUGGAAACCUGAUAAUGCAAAUGGUCAUAUGUUGCAAGCUUACUUAACUGAGAGACAUGUUAUGGAUAGUAAAAUGAAACAACAAUAUCGUAUAGGGACUUGUAAUAGUAAACUUGAUAAAAAACAAAUAACAUAUUCUAAUGUAAAUUUUGUAGAUUAUUCACAUAGCAGUGUAAUUAUAGACCGAAGUUGUGCUUUAACAAAUACAGUCAGUACUACUGGUAUUAUUUAUGCGGAUCCUAACAAUAGGAUGCCACAAAUGGUCUUGACAGAAAUUGCUUUAUCAAGAAAAGAAGAUAAUGUUAAAGUUGAAACUACAUGUGAAAAACAAGCCGAUGACAUUGAUAUGUUUUAUGUUAAAAGAAGUAAUUCUGAAUCAACGUUAGUACAUGAUGAUGUUAAUAGUUCAGUUGACAAUCAUCUAAUAAUUGAUAUAAAUAAACGCUCUAAUGAACAGGCUAAUAAUUAUGGUGUUGAAAAAAAUGGUGAAUUGUCCAAUCAACAACCAAAAAGUGAAAUAGAAAUGAAUCAAGAUAAUUCUUUUGGUACUGAGAAAGUAAUUAAUAAUAGUAGCAAUGAUAAUAAUAAUCAAAUCCCUAAAACACUAAAUGACAGUACAGAAGUCUUUGAUAGAUCAUCAGCUGCGGGAGGAAUACAGUCAACGAUUAAUGAAACAAAAGAUUAUCAUCAUACCGAUAAUUCUGACGGGAAAUUUUUAAAUAGUAAAAAAAGUGAUUUUAAUCAUGAUAAUUCCAGUGAAAGUAACAGUAGUAGAAGCAACAUUCGAAAUAAUAAUAUAGUUAUCAUUAAUAAUAACAAUGGUGAUUAUAAACCUGAUUUUAAAAUUAAAAGUAACGAUAAAAUUUCACCGAUAGAAUUAAUGAAGAUUACUGAAAUGUCUAAGCCAUCUUUUUCUAUUGGAGAUUUAAAAAAUUCUGAAAGAACAGACAUGAAAAUUAAUGUAGAUUUGUCGAAACCGUGUACAAUUGACAAUUCACUAAAACAAAACGUAGCAAGAAAAAUGAUUGUUGGAGGUCCUAGAUUUCGAUCACCAUCUCCAUCAAGAGGAAAUUUAUCUAAACCCCAAGCGGAAUUUUUACAACCAUCUAGUGGGCAUACACCUAAUUAUGUGAGUGUAACUGAGGAUGGAAGGAGUAUUUGUGGAAUUUGUAACAAAAUAUUCAGCAAACCAAGUCAACUGAGAUUGCACAUAAACAUUCAUUAUUUUGAACGGCCAUUCAGAUGUGAAAGUUGUGCAGUCUCUUUUCGUACAAAAGGACACUUGACAAAACAUGAACGCUCAGUUUCACAUCAUAAUAAAGUCAGCAUGACUUCUACGUUCGGAGCAGCUACUACAAGUAAUCCAAGACCAUUCAAAUGUACUGACUGUAAAAUAGCAUUCAGAAUACACGGUCAUCUUGCUAAACAUUUAAGAAGUAAAAUGCAUAUCAUGAAGUUAGAAUGCUUAGGAAAGUUACCUUUUGGUACUUACGCUGAAAUGGAAAGGUCUGGUGUUAAUUUGAAUGAUAUCGAUACAACAGACUGUGAUAAUAGUCUUGCCAGUCUUCAGAUGUUGGCUCAAAAGCUGUAUGAAAAAGAUCCCAGUAAAAUGGGCCAAUGGGACACUGAAGUAGUUCCACAUCAGGGAACAAGUGGUGGUGAAACAUCAUCAGAUGAAGGUGAACCGAUAUCUUCAAAUACAAUUCAACAAACACAACUACCCUAUAUCCCUUUGAUAACAUCAGAUAUAUCAGUAUCUAGAGCAUAUCAAACAUCUAAUACUUUAGUAAGUGGUAAUGAUAUUAACAAACCAGUGAGUGAAUCUCACGUGCCAAAUUUACGCUUUGAUGAUAAUAAUUCUUCUUCUGCUUCAUUAUCAUUGUCGUAUAAGUGCCAAAUGUGUGAAAAAACAUUAACAAGUGUAAAUGAAUUAAGAGUCCAUUGCUUCGUUGAACAUAAUAUCGAAUACAAGAGCAUACAAAGUGAUUGUGGUAAAGAAAAUGCACAAAAUAAAAAAAUCAUUGAUUUAGUUGCCGUCCCUUAUGAUGAUAACAGUAAACAGAAAAAUAAUGAUACGUGAGUGCCAAAAGUAUAAAAAUUGGCAUAUACAGUGUAUUUGAAAUUUUUGUUUUUAUUUUCUGAAUUAACAUUUUUUAAUUAACCAAAGGGAUUUAUAAUUUAUAAAGUUACAAUGGAAGAAAAAAUUAUCAAACAUUUCAAGUUUAUUAGAAUUCAAUGAAAUUUUUUACAAACCAAUAUCCUAUUAAUUUGAUUAUUAUUUCAAUUAUUACUACAAUCAUGUUCAUGAGAUUUAUGAGACUUACAUUAGCAUAUAAAGACCGCAAUUAUUACUAUCAUAUUUUUAAUUAUUUAUUAUGUAUUUUAAAACAAAAAAAUAUUAAUUAACGACAUGUAUUUAUUUAAUAAGAGCAAAAAAUGUAUAUAUAAUUCUACAAACAUUGUAAAAAUGUUCUUUUUAAAUGAACUAAUAUGUGAUUUAGCAUAUAAUAAACCAUAGUUAUUACGUACAAAUGUAAGAAACUGAAAACAAAACACAUGAAAAUGAGUGGAAAAAGGAUAAAAAAAAUAGUAUAUAUUUCUGUGUUACUAAAAAGUGAUAUUUAUGUUAAUAAUACGAAUUAAAUCAAAAAAAAGAAAAGACGAUUUAAAUUUAUAUAUAAAUAAAAGGGAAAAUUGUAAAUAUAUAUUACAUAUAAUAAGAGCAUAAGAAAAAAAAAACAUACAAAAAAAUUAUGAAUAUUUCUCAGGAAAAUACUACAUUUGAUGUGUGUCAACAUGUUCAGGAGAAAUAUUGAAUCAUAAUCAGCUACUAAAAAAAAACAUUUCAUUUGUUUGGCCUAGGAGAUUCUUAAUGUUCAAUGUGUAUACUUGUAUUAUAAUAUUAAAAUAUAAAAU